AUGUCGUUAAUGAAAACUCGUUUCCACGAUGAUUCGGAUGCUGACGACGAGUACGAGCGCAGCCUGGCAUCUCCAGUACUACCCACGGACUCCGAGAUAUCACCCACCGAUUCAGACUCUAUAUCUACUGAACAUACACCUACAACAUACGGAAAUAUGGGUGAUGAGCGUGGCUCCGUACGAUCAACAAUAAGCGAUUGGACGGCAGAGGAAUGUGCAGAUUUCGUGGUCGGGCUAGGUUUACGGCAGUAUCGGACGGCUUUCAUAGAGAACGAAAUAGUUGGCGAAGCCCUGAUAGCUCUCAAGCAUGAGGAAUUGAAAGAAAUGGGUAUUUCUAGUGCUGGGCACAGAUUAACAAUACUGAAGAGCGUCUACGAGACAAAAGUGAAACAGGGAGUUGCUAUCGAUCCAGAUCACUAUGUUGCGCCAUCCGCCGACCACAAUUUACAUGAAUCGGCUACAUACGGAGAUAUCACGCGUUUGGCGCAAACGAUACGGGCACGAGACGAAAGGCUCAGCGUUGUCGAGGCGGAAUUGAGACGAGUAUCAGAGGAUUACCGUAGAUUGCGAGAAGAACUUCUUCCUAUCUUCAAAUUAGCUAAAGAUCGCUCACAACCGUUGCCCUACCAACCUCCUCCCGUUCAGUCUGCGUCGACGUCGAGCCCAGAGAUAUAUCACGACACAUCAUCCAUUAUAUCGCCAGGCAAUCUUCGCAAUGAGCCUUCGGCACUGGGUAGGUCGCUUUCCAGAAGAGUCUACAACGGAGGCACAACCCCCAAAAGCAGCAAUUCUCCCACACAUAUACCACCAUCGAUCCAUGAAGGCCGCCCUUACAACGACGGUACUAACAUCGAUCCUUCUGCGGCAGCUAUGGCGGCGUCUACACAUCUGACGGCAUCGAUGAACGGUGGCGCUCAGACCUCGCCCGGCAUACCAUCGCCAACAUCACCCGGACAAUUCGGACAGCAACAACAGACCCUUGGCCCUCGCUCGUACGUUAGAGAUAACAACAAGAGCUCCGCAGCCUCAAUCCGACAGGGUUACGAGCAUGAAGAAGCACCUCAACCGAACCCGACACCGGUACCAACACCAACACCCAGCGCAAGCUCACGAUCCGAAUCAAGAAACACAGACUCCACUGCCCCGAGUGUCGAAAUUUUCAAGUCGUUUAGGGUCUCAAUGGACGACCCAUGCCACAAAGUGCUACCCGCUGCUCUGAAGAAAUACAAUAUCAACGCUGAUUGGCGACAAUAUGCUCUAUAUAUCGUAUAUGGCGACCAAGAGAGGUGUUUGGCGCUGGACGAAAAACCUCUGAUCCUUUUCAAACAAUUAGACAGAGAAGGACGGAAACCGAUGUUUAUGCUUCGCAAGUCUGCGCCAACUGAUGGCUCGACACCGUCGUAUCCUGGAUCCGUGGGUUCGGCACCGAAUAGCGCUGUAUUUGAUGGGAAGAAUAAGAGUACGGUGCCUGGUGGUGUUUUGUGA